AUGAUUACGAUUUGCCCUGAAACAUGCCAGAAGGCUGCUGCUGUUAGACUAUACAGAGAGACUACAAUCCAGACAGUUGCCAAAAUGGCGGCCGAAGGAUCAGCAAGUGUUAAUCCAAAUGCGGAAAUUGUUCGCGGUCAAAUAUUCGAGGUUGGCCCUCGUUAUACGGGAUUAUCUUAUAUGGGAGAAGGAGCCUAUGGAAUGGUCGUUUCGGCUUAUGACAACACUACUAAAACAAAAGUAGCUAUCAAGAAGAUAUCGCCUUUUGAACAUCAAACGUACAGCCAAAGGACUUUAAGGGAAAUAAAAAUCCUCACCAGGUUUAAACAUGAAAAUAUAAUAGAUAUAAGAGAUAUAUUGAGAGCACCCUCUAUAGAUCAUAUGAAAGAUGUGUAUAUUGUUCAAUGCUUAAUGGAAACUGACCUUUAUAAAUUACUUAAAACACAGGCAAUAAGUAACGAUCACAUCUGCUACUUCCUAUACCAAAUUCUUCGAGGGCUCAAAUAUAUACAUUCGGCGAAUGUAUUGCAUAGAGAUUUAAAACCAAGCAAUUUGUUAUUGAAUACCACGUGUGACCUUAAAAUUUGCGACUUUGGUCUAGCUAGAGUCGCAGAUCCAGAUCACAAUCAUGCCGGCUUCCUCACAGAAUAUGUCGCAACAAGAUGGUACCGCGCACCAGAAAUUAUGUUAAAUUCGAAGGGUUACACGAAAUCGAUAGAUAUUUGGUCUGUGGGCUGUAUUUUAGCCGAAAUGCUAUCGCGACGAGCAAUUUUCCCCGGCAAGCAUUAUUUGGAUCAACUUAAUCAUAUUUUGGGUGUUCUUGGUUCACCGUCUUCUGAAGAUCUCGGAUGCAUUAUAAACGAAAAAGCACGCAGUUACCUACAAUCAUUACCAUACAAACCAAAAGUUCCAUGGACGAGUCUCUUUCCAGAAGCGGAUCCAAAAGCUUUGGAUCUUUUAGAUAAAAUGUUAACAUUUAAUCCCAAUAAGCGAAUAGUCGUUGAAGAUGCAUUAGCUCAUCCCUAUUUGGAACAGUAUUACGAUCCAGCUGAUGAGCCUGUGGCGGAGGAACCGUUUAGAUUUGACAUGGAGUUAGAUGAUCUUCCCAAGGAAACUCUGAAGAAGUACAUUUUUGAAGAAACUAUAUUAUUCCAACAAACUCAUUAACAAGACUAUAUAGUCAAUAGAUGCAGGAUGACUGAAAUAUAUAGUGCGAAAUGAAGCAACAUGGACUCAAAUUUGUUUACCAAACUAUCUUCUGUUACCGAAAAGAUGAGAUACAUUAUUAAGGUUAGUUUAUAGGUUGGCAAUUAGCAAAUUUUGAAAUUUAGACACAACUGCGUGCCCCUUAAAAAAAGCAAUACAAAUUUUUUUUCUCUUUCUCUCUUUGAUGAAAAACAUAUUUGUCUAGAUUAUUAAAAAAAAAGAAGAAAACUAUUAUUGUAUAAAUUAAGUUAUAUAUAUAUAUAAAAAUCUUCCUAAAAAUUAAAAGAGAGAAAAUGUAUUAUUAUAAUCAUCAAUAUUCGCAGUAAAUACUAUUCACUUCUACUGCUUUUUGAUAAACAAAAAAAAUUAAAUUUUCAAAUUAUUACUUUUUUCAAUGUUAAAUUUUAAACAAAAAAAAGUAUUUACGUCUAAUUAUAAUAAUUUUAUCAUUCUCGAUGUGCGUGCGUGUGUGUGUGUGUGUGUGCAAUGAAAAUGUCAAAAAAAAAACAAAAAUCACCAAAAAAAAAUUUUAAAAAUACAAUCAUUGAGAGAUUGUAUUAUAACUUCUUUAUAGUUUUUAAAAAGAAAAACAAAUCGAUUUUUAUUUUAAGAUUGAUGCACUUUUUUAUGUCGAGGAAAAGAAAAAAGAUGCGGAGAACUUUAUAAUCAAAUGAAUCAAAUAAUAUAGUUUAUUCAAAAAAGAAAAAGAAAAACUGAUAAAUUAUGUAUUUUUUCUGUUCUAUUUAUCACAAGAUCUCAAGAAUAAUGUGAGCACAAUAGUUGAAAAAAAAAAAUUAGAAAAACAAUUUUGUUUAUAAUUAAAGACGUAUAUUCAGUGACAAUUUUAUUAUCGUACAUUUCAGCUUUGACUGUCUUGAUGGAAAUGUGUAAUAAAUUAUUUGCACGUUUUUCAAAGUGUAUAAAUAAUUAAAAAAAAAAUAAUAAUAACAUCGUCAAAAAU